AUAUUUUAGGACUUCAGUCGAAUGAAAUAACAAUACACCAUCAUGAUGAAAAUGAGAAAUAUCAUGGUUGUCUAAAAUUAGUAGAAGCAGACAAGCCAAAACAAUUUAAAAUUUAUAAACAAGUGGGUCAAUAUUUUGAUAUUAAUGGUGUUAUAACACGACUGGAUGAAAUUAAGAAUAAUCAAGGUCCACUUCGAAAAACGGUACAGUUACAAUAUACUAUAAAUUUAGAAUUCGAAUUCGCUUCUGUUCAAGAAAAUGCCG